GGCACAUUAGUCAGCAAGCACAGUUUGAUAAUGUGGAAGUCCGUCCUCUCCUUUUAACGACAGCUUUAACAUUUGCAUAGUUUCCUUUUUAAAUAUUCAGCUCUUUUUAAUUCACCAAAUCUGGGAAAACGAAAGAUGCGCUUUACCUGAACUUUGUUCUUUUGCAACCCUUCAAAGACAUUUGGAAAAUCAAAUUUACAGCCCACACAUUAUGAGACUUCAGUGAUUUCUAUUGUGGUCUCAGAAGAAAACGAGGAAGUGACUGAAUCCGAAGCGUGGGGAGACUGCAGCCUCGCCCUUAAAACCCUGGGUCCGGGCUGUGGGCUGAGGUGGGCACGGGCGUGCAGCGGGGAGAUCUGAGUCUGCGGGGGCCGCAACCCGUCUGUGAGACCUUCCGGGCGCGCUCGUUUCCUGCCAGUUUCCUGUCCUGCAGCUGGCGAGUUGGGGGCUGGCAGGAAAGGAUGCUCUGCCCAGAAGGGGCGGGGGCAGCCCUGGUCGGUCCGGAAUGACCCCCGCCCUGCGGGUGCCACCCCCGGGUCGUCCGGGGCGGGGCCGGGCGCGCGGGCGGGACGCGAGGUUCUCAGCGCGUUUCCUGCGGCUCCUGAGGUCUCCGCGCGUCUCGCGUCUCGCCGCCCCUCCGCCUCGCCCGCGCCGGGCCGCUCGACCGAGAGGCAUUUUUGAAAAAAAUCACAAUUUGGCUGUGAAAAAGGACAUGAGGAGACUAAAGACUUGGGAUUUUGCUGAUCAGGAUGAAACCAAUGUUGAAGGACUUUUCAAAUCUGUUGCUGGUGGUGCUCUGUGACUAUGUCCUUGGAGAAGCUGAAUAUCUUCUUUUGAGAGAGCCCGGCCAUGUAGCACUGAGCAACAGCACAGUGUCAGUGGAUUUCCAGUAUUUUGAUAGUGCUAAUGGGACACUGAGGAAUGUAUCUGUCCUGCUGUUGGAGGCCAACACCAAUCAGACUGUCAUCACCAAGUAUCUCCUAACUAAUGAGUCCCAGGGAACACUCGAGUUUGAGUGCUUCUACUUCAAAGAGGCAGGUGAUUACUGGUUCAUCAUGACUCCUGAAGUGUCAGACAACAGUACUUUAGUCCCCUGGCUGGAGAAGCGUGUCUUUCUUAAGGUGGAAUGGCCUGUCUUUCAUGUUGACUUGAAUAGGACGUCCCAGGCAGCAGAAGGCACCUUCCAGGUAGGCCUUUUUGCCAGUCAACCUCUAUGCCCAUUUCCUAUGGCCAAGCCCAGCAUGUUGGUAGAUGUCAUCUUCACCAACAGUCUCCCUGAGACAAGAACAAGUCCAGGACAGCCACUGGAAAUAAGAACCAGCAAAAGGACAGAUCUCAUGCAAAGUCAGUGGGUUGAGUUUGGCUGUGCACCUGUGGGGCCAGAAGCCUAUGUCACCGUGGUGCUGAAGCUGCUUGGCCAAGACUCGGUCAUUACUUCUACAGGACCCAUUGACCUGGCCCAGAAAUUUGGAUACAAGUUGAUGAUGGUGCCGGAACUCAUGUGUGAGUCCAGGGUGGAGGUGAUGAUCUUGCCUCCACCAUGUAUCUUUGUCCAAGGAGUAGUUACUGUCUUCAAGGAGGCCCCUAGACGUCCUGGGGAAAGAACAGUUAAGCUUGCUGAAAACAGCUUACCUCUGGGAGAGAGAAGAACAGUAUUUAACUGCACUUUGUUUGACGUGGGAAAGAAUAAAUAUUGCUUUAACUUUGGCAAUUCAAGAAGAAGCCACUUUUCUGCAAAGGAGAAGGAAUGCAUGCUAAUUCAGAGAACUAUAGAAACUUGGGGACUGUGGCAGCCAUGGAGCCAGUGUAGCGCCACAUGUGGGGAUGGUGUCAGAGAGCGUCGCCGAGUGUGUCUCACUUCCUUCCCCUCCAGACCUGGCUGUCCUGGACCGUCCUCGGAGACCUCCUCAUGUUCCCUGGAGGAGUGUACUGCUUUCCAGCCAUCCAGUCCAUCUCCUCUUCCACCAGAGGGUCCAGUGAAGUCCAACAACAUUGUGACUGUCACAGGGAUAUCCCUGUGCUUGUUCAUCAUUGUGGCCACCGUGCUCAUCACACUGUGGAGGAGGUUCGGACGGGCCCCAAAAUGCAGCACCCCUGCUCGACACAACUCUAUCCAUUCCCCUGGCUUCCGGAAGAACUCGGAUGAGGAGAACAUCUGUGAACUGAGUGAGCAGCGUGGAAGCUUCUCUGAUGGGGGUGAUGGGCCUGGGGGGAGUCCAGGGGACACUGGCAUCCCUCUGACCUACAGGUGCAGUGGGCCAGUGACUCCUGAGGAUGAUGCCUCUGGCAGUGAGAGCUUUCAGUCUAAUGCACAGAAGAUUAUCCCUCCUCUGUUUAGCUACCGCCUUGCCCAGCAGCAGUUGAAAGAGAUGAAGAAGAAAGGUCUGACAGAAACCACUAAAGUAUACCACGUGUCUCAGAGUCCCCUGACAGACACUGCCAUUGAUGCUGCAGCUGGACCCCCCUUAGACUUGGAAAGCACAGAAGAAGCAGCAGCAGCAGCAGCAGCAAACAAGUUCCGGAUCAAAUCCCCAUUUUUGGACCCACCUGUGGUGAGUGCCGAGGAAGGACCUCCCUCCAGGCUGGAUUUCAACAUGUCUCAGGCCAGCUGUUCUGUCAGCCCCAGCCAGACCCUGAUUCGCAAGUCACAGCUGAGGCACAUGGCAAGCAGAGGGGGCUCUUCUGAGAGGAGCCAUACCAGGAAUUCCCACUUCAGGAGAACGGCCAGUUUUCAUGAAACCAAACAGGUCCGGCCAUUCCGGGAGAGGAGCAUGUCCACUCUGACUCCACGGCAAGUCCCUACCUACAGUUCUAGGACACGGACCUGGGACCAGGCAGAGGACAGAUUUAGGCCUCCAAGUCGAGGUGCCCACCUGCUUCCUGAAAAACUAGAACAUUACCAAGGGGCAGGUGGAACCAGUGGACAAUUAAGCCCUAUCCCUAAAUCCUACACCUUGGGGCAGCCCACAAGGAAACCAGACCUGGCAGAUCGUCAGGCAGGGUUAGUGGCAGGAGUUGAGAGAACAGAGCCUCAUAGAGCUCGGAGGGGACCAUCCCCCAAUCACAGGAGUGUCUCAAGGAAGCAGUCUUCCCCGACCUGCCCCAAAGAUGGUUACCAGAGGGUCAGUCCACUAAGCCCCUCUCAAUUUAGAAAAGACAAAUGUCAGAGCUUCCCGGCCCAUCCUGAGUUUGCUUUCUAUGACAACACAUCAUUUGGCCUCACUGAGGCUGAGCAGAGGAUGCUGGACCUUCCAGGAUAUUUUGGGUCAAAUGAAGAGGAUGAAACCACAAGUACACUUAGUGUGGAGAAGCUGGUAAUCUAAAUCAAGAAUCUGCCUGAGAUUUUUCAUGAUUGGGGUCCCUUGGCCAGGUUGUGAUAUCAGCUGUUCACAUUGUUCUGUGGACUGUUUUGUAUAACUGUACAGACUCUUGUAGGACAGAAUGUGGGGAGGAAGUAGCUCACAUAGAGGAGAAUAUGUGUGUGUAUACACGUUUUAACUCAUAAGGAAAAAAUUAUCCUGAAUUUUCCUUUUGUUAUCCUAUGUCUAUUGACUUGUUACUAAUAACAAUAAUAAAAUUUAAAUAAGAGCAAAUAGGACUUGGCCUGUCAAGUGAACAUAAAAGAUGAUGAGACAGAAAUAUAGUGUACUUUGAACCCUGCCUUAACAGUUUCCCACUUAAAGCAGAAAUCUAGAAGCUUCAAAUACUAAGGGUUGGACUAGAGUUAAUUUGGUAUCACAACUCUGAAUUAUAGUCUUAAAAAUUAUAAAUGCAUAAAUAUUUGAAUCCUAUAGGGGCAGCAUUGAACAGGUUUCAUAUUUUGGCUGAUUACAUUAAUUAUAACCAUUGGGCCACUGAGCUACCAAGAAAGUUCCAGAAGAACUUUUUGACCAGCAUUGGGUGCAAUCUUAAAAGUUUUUUUUUAAUGUAAUAGUCCACAUGACUUGACAAGUUAUGUGAACUAAUUUUGCCUUAGAGAGAUAAUGUAAGAAUCUGUUCAGUUGGUAAGUCAAAUGAAGACCUUGCCAUCAUUGUCCUGUGAAAAUAUUAGACAUUUUGGAAAGGAAGGUAUUGUGUCUUGAGAAAACAUGUGCUGGAAGGUGGCAAUAGAUGCUGACUGGGUAACUGCCUGACUCCAGGGUGUGGAUUGCGUGUUCCCAGACCAAACUUGCAGCAGAGACCCAAGAGGUGUCAUGACACUGGUGAAUUUGUGUAUUUAAAUACAACCUUAUUCUGUUAUUAAGAAAGUGCAUGAAUGAAGUGUAUAAAAAGCAGGUAGACUAGUUUAUGAUUUUACAGUUUAAGCUUUUGUUUUUACUUGAAGAAAGUUAAAAAGGGAAGAGAGGAAAGCAAUCAUUUUAGAAUCACUUUUGUUUACCUAUUCAAUCUUCCUACAACAUGUUAUAGAUGAGGAAUUUGUUUUUGUUUUUUUUAAGGAAUUUGUUAACAUAAUUCAAUAGGAUAGGACUGAUACUUAAUUCUAAACACCAUAUUCUUUUCACUCUGCCAUUACAGUCUUUUCAAGUCUUCUCCAAUAGCAGAAGCUUCAUGAGAAAGUGGGCCCUUUUUGCAGUAAGAGGGCAAAAAGUGACAGUUCUGCUAGCUUUUCCCUGAUGAGAUAUUAGGACUGGCUUUGGAGCUUGCUUUGUUUUGAAGUAAGGGCCACACAAAAGAAUCUAAAGGUGGGGCUUCUUCACUGAAGUUUGUCAUCAGGUACUCCUUAAUCAGCAGCCACUUGAAUAGAGUACUUUCCUUUUUCACUGUGACUUCCCUAACUGCCACACCCAUCCUGCCUUCUACAUUGUCUUCCUUCUUUUAGGGUUUAUCACUAUGUCAGUGUGCUGGUGAGAUUUCAGGACCACUGGAGAGAGUGGAAUUCGAUUGGGAAAAAAUUUAAAAUGCACAUACUGUAGUUUUAAAAGUUUCUCAUAUUUGUUACAUUGCCUAUUCAUGCCAUUUUUACUGAAAAUUAAAAUGUAGUUUGGAAAUGCUUUGAUAAUAACUAUCUGCCUCUCAGGAAUAGAGUAGAUUUUCAGAGCUGUCUGACAGCUGGUAUGUGCUGAUAUAAAGAAGAGGAAACCAGGGUUUAUAAUCUCCAUUUUCUUUGUUUAUAAUUCUAGAAAGCUUUGUUCUUUUUCCAAGUUCACAUGCCUGCAUGGCAACCUUUGAAUACAUGUUCACUCAUUCCAGAUUUCACAGUGAAUUACCCUUGGUGUCAGAAUGAGACCAAAACAGCUAUGGAAGAUGUGGAAGUUAGAGGGAAAUACUAUGAAGAGAAUGAUUUUUCUGUUCAAUUAUGUUAUUAUUAUUAUUAUUUACUACACCCUACAUCUAAAUAUUACAGUGAGCCAACACCAGCAUAUGACAAGUUCACCAUCUACUUAGCCUAGUUUUCUUAGGCUCUGGCCAAGGGUCAUUUUCUACACUUCAAAAUAAAACUAAUUUGACCUCUCCCUUUGAGAAAGAGAAAAGAAGAUGCUUCUGCAUUGUCUUUGGUAGGUGAGUGGUAAAUUUCUGUAGAAAUAAUCUUGGGCCAGGGAUUUAGCUCAGUGGUUUUGCCGCCUGCUGCACAAGCGCAAAGACCUGAGUUCGAUCCCUGGUACCCAAAAAAAAAAAAAAAGAAAUCUUGUUUUUUUACUAUCCUGUCCCUAGGUACUAGCCCUAGUGGCUGCUAUAGAAUGGGGUUCAAUAAAGAUUUGUUGAAUAUACAACCAGCUAUUUAAAAACCUCAAGACAUAGUUAUGAUUGAAUUAGAAUAAUUCUAUGUAACACUUUUAAAUCUUAAAUCACUAUAAAGAAGACAUGUUCUUAUGUGAUAUUGUGGGAUUUUAAUAUCUAAAGGUCUCCACAAAUGAAAAAAUUCUUAUCUUUUUGGACUAUUGCCCUAAUUCUAUGUAACACUUGAAAUCUUAAACCAGUGUAAGAGGGAUGUAUUCCUAUGAGUUAUGGAAUUUUAAUUUCUAAAAGUAUUCACCAACGAAAGGAUCCUUGUCUUUUGUGGUUGUUACCCUAGCAGAAAGUAGAGUUGUCUCAGGAGUCUACUGCAGUCUUUGAUACAUGGUAGUCACUUGAUAAAUGUGUUUAUCAGUUUUCUGUCACUUUAUAAAAUAUCUGUGAUAACUUAAACAGAAAAGACAACAACACAGUGCUAUAGAAAGGAAGAAUCAGAAAAUGGGAAGAAAUCUUUGGAAAUAAAAUAUUUGACAGAAAA